AUGGUCAGAGCGACAGGGAUCGAUGGGAAGGGGGAGCUCACUGGGGGCGCGACGGGGAGGAGGCCGGGGACGGGGAGGAGGCCGGCGACGGCGCCGGGGGAGGCCGGCGACGCGGCGCGGGGCGACGGGGAGGGGGCCGGAGAUGGCACAUGCAGUGACGAGGAGGAGGCCGGCGACGGCGCAAUGCUCGGGCUCACCCCUGAAGGCCAUAAACAGGUGGCCGGCCCACGUACGAGGCCCAUCUACAAGGAAACGAAACGGAGCACAACUAGUGACGUGGCUCAAGAUGAAUGGGGGAGGAAGCGUCACGGCUCACGCGGCGAAGCUUCUAGCGUCUGGCGACCCGAGUCUACAAAGGGAUAUUUUCGCCUUGGUUUCGUUUCCGUUUCUCCUCCGUUUCAUACUCGUUUGCCGUUAGCCGCCCAGGCGACACGGAACCCUAGCCGCCGCCGUAUGCGGAGCCCUACGCCGUACGCCUCCCUCCUCAAUGACGCCCCUCCCGCCGACCUCGACGGUGCCGACGCCGACCUCGACCUCUGCCCCGACGGCGGCCUGUGCUGGCCGGACGACCCGCUAGACACGGUCAUAGGCUGCGUGUCCAUGCUCGACGACGGCUUCUUGGAGGGCCUCGGGCUGGGCUGCUCGCCGCCGCGGGGCCGCGUCGGCGACGGCCAAGACUCCGGGGGCGCGCUGGCGGGCAUGAAGGCCGACGCGGACCUCGGUUCGCUGGCGGAGGGGAGACCUCUGUCUCUCUGUGACACCGGCGCCCCCGGCGGCCGGAAGAGGAGCGCGUUCCACGUGUUCGACAGUAAGCCGGAGGGGUUGCCGCCGGCGCGAGCGCGCUCGCUGUCGUGCAGCACGACGACAACUUCGUCGUCCACCGCGUCCGGGGCCCGCAGCCUCUCGCCCACGCCCGGCGGGACCGAGGCGCCGCGGGAGCCUGCCUCCAAGGAUGAUGACCUGCGUUGGACUUUGCCGAGGAAGCCGCACCACCGACGGGGCGUCCGCAGGCGCGCCGCCUCCUGGUCUUUGGCUCUCCCGCCCCAGCUCAUGUCGGCUGGUGCCUAUGACUGUAACGGUGACAGCAAUGCCAACGACGACAAAGACAAAGACUACGUGCUCAGCCACUGCAAGAAAGGCCGUCGCAAUGGUGGUCCACGCCAGGCCAGGCGGCAGCAGAAGAAAACCGAAGACAAGAUUUGCACCCACUGCCGCGUGGAGGACACGCCGCAAUGGCGGACCGGGCCGGCCGGGAGCGGCACGCUGUGCAAUGCAUGCGGCAUCCGGUACAAGAUGGGUAAGCUAUUCCCGGAGUACCGCCCGUCGACGAGCCCAGAGUUCAGCAGCCUCGAGCACUCUAACCGCCACAGGAACGUGGAAAGAAUCAGGGAGAAGAAGAAGAAGAUGAAGGUGAUGGCUCCUGAGGUGCCGGUGAGUCCAGACGCGGAUGACAAAGUACUCCUUCGAGUCUGUAAAUAUGAAAGGUAGCUGGGCACCGCAUGACAUGCGUGCCAUGUAUCAGUUAGCUGCAAAUUCGAUUCGUCCGAAUUCGUCGGACGGUCAGGUCAUGGAUGGAUUGCUUUUUAGAUUCGGGCAUGUUUAAUUCGAUUGAUUUCUUAAUUAGUUUCAUUCAUACUCCACUCCAGGAGAUGUCAGCAGUAAUUUAUGUAAAUAUCAGGAGCUCCACUCCAGGUGGGUGGAUGCAACUUGGUUGCAAUGUGAUUGUCGCUCUCUUCAGUUUUGCUUGGAAAAAUUCAUGUGA